AUGGACGAGUCCAUCACCACAGAGCGACAUGUCGCUCAGAUGAGCACAUUCCUCCUCGUAGCGACCAUCGCAACCUAUAUCCCGCAAUACCGACGGAUACGCAAGCGAAGAGACGCCACCGGGAUUUCGACAUGGUAUCUCGUUUUCACCACCAUCGCGACGACGGAGCAGUUUGCGCUGCUCCUCGUGCUUUCCGUCAUGAACGUCCCCGACGACUAUGAUUUCCCGGGCAGGGCGCUAAUUCGCUAUCGACCGUGCAAGGGUGGCUCGACUUGA